CAUGCAAACAAGCCAGCCAGCUUUUCACCCACAAGUGAAACUCUGAACAUGGACAUACAAACAAACUACGUGUCAGCUUCGCUUUCACCACCAUCCUUCUCUUUUUACCACCUGGUCUCCUUCCCCUCUUCCUCAUUGUUCAUCUCUUCCCUAGCAUGAAUGUCCAUGGAGAAGAUCUCCCACGCUGCUAUUUCCAUCCAAACCAUGUAGUUGUGGGGAUAUGUUCCCUUUGCCUGAGAGAGAGGCUCCUAAACUUGGCCUCCAAGCAAGGCCACCAACCCCAGGCCAAGGACACCCGCAGAUCUCUCCAACUUCUUAAAGGGAAACUCACCAUUUAUCUUCCUAGAUUCCAUCCUGUCAGCUCAAUCCUCCAUCGCCUCAAGUUUCGGCAUCAGAGAACCAAUGACAGCUUCGAUGAAGCCUCGAUCCCCAGCCAGGAUUCAUUCAUAUCCAUAAUGUUCGAUGCUGAUCAGCAUACACCGCACGGUGACGAAAGAUCGAGUGUGAAGGCUUCCUUGGAGCUUGUUGACUCCGCUACCAGCCACAAGGAGUUGCCCAGGAAGAACAAGGAAGGAGGAAAUGUGGAGUCUGUGAAACAACCUGGUAGUAUACCGAGGUGGCGCAAGCAGAUUGGCUGCCUGUUCAAGAUGGCAAAGUGGAAGGGGUCCCCUAGGCCAGGCACGUGUAAGGAAAGGACCCAGGGGAGGAAGGGUUGGACAAGGAGCCUUAAAAGGAGGACCACCACAGAAUAAAGGGGAGGAGGGAGGAAGGAGGAGGCAGAAAAAGACUUCAUAAGCUUCCACCGUGACAAAAGCCGUUCUCUAUGUUACCAGUGGUGCAUGUAAUUAGAUGUCAUUAGAUGUAUGAGGGUCUUAUAGGUGAACUUCACUAGUAAGUUAAUAAGCUAGGAGAUGGCAAGACACAAGUGUUUUUAGGAAUUCUAAUUUAGAUUUUUGACAGGGUUUAUUGUCGUAGUUAUGAUGGCGGCACAACAAGAAGUUUGUUUGCAGGGAUACAUAGCUUGCAGAGUUCUGUUGCU